AUGGUUACAACCUCGCCUGCAGGUUCAGGCACUGUGGAGUGGGGCGGGAAGGUGGUUGGCACUAUGAAGUGUCCAUCAGAUGCCAGACCUUUGGGUCUGCUGCCUCAUCCCUCCAACAGCAAGCCAGGGCCGGUGGCUUUAAAAACCACACUCUUGACUUGCCGAUGUUCUGAGCUGCUUGUUGGGGGUGGAGGUGGCUUCCCACGGCUUCUUGCACAGUGUUGGCCCUGGCUCACUGUCCCCCAGGCAGGGGGAGACUGCUGUGUUCAAGGAGAGUUCUGGGUGCAUAUGGAACAGAAUAGGGAGCCCCCAGUGGGGCAGGUGCUGGCGGCUCUUCACCGUGUCAGCUCACUCAGCCCUCAGGUCGCCCUCUCCUCAGGUGUGACCUGCAAUGUACAGUAUGUUAGGAGAGGUAUCUUAGCUUAUGCUACAAAGACAGACAUCAUCUUUUUGUAAAUUCUAGAGACCCAAGAGGUCCCUAGUUUCUUGAUGAUCUGCAAAACAAGCUUACCUGCCAUGAACAGGACAUGCACGAAUCAUGCACCCCUAGCCAUAGCUCAGGUUGGGCUUUGGGUGAGCCUGGCCAAGGCUGGAAGAAGCAGGAGAGGGCCUGGCAGAGCAGAGGGGACCUUUUUUUCCCUGCUCAUCGCCCUGCAGACUGCACAUUUUCCAAACCUCUCCACUGCUCCUAGGGGGGCUUCACAUUUGAACAUUGUCAGCCCAGAGCUGACACCCAAGCUGACCACAGCCCUAAAGCACGCUGAGUGCCUCUUGGACCUGAAUUUCCAUAGUCCCUACCGAAAGCCACACCCCAAGGCUGCAGUUUACCUCCAACUCAGUUUGCCUUUGAAAUCUAUUCACAGGCUAUCUCUGAAAAAGUCCUUUGGGUUUGGAAAAUGGGACCUUGAAAACAAGUCCGUUUUCAUUGUAGAUUCAGGAGGCACAUGUGCAGGUUUGUUACCAGGGUAUAUCGGGUGGUGCUGA